AUGAACUCACAUGUGCACGGCGCGUACCAAGACGCGUUCAAGUCCUCCAUAAAAUAUGUUCCUUCUCUAGUCUCUCUUUGCAUCCGUAUUCUCUCUCAGUAUCCAGAUCAAGUCCACCUCCUUCCUCCAGGAUUUUACCUCAAAUAUCACGCCAACCCCGAUCACUCUCAAUUUGAUAUCCUGAGAGCCCUUAUACCGACUUAUUCCUCACAGUCUGACGCCUUCUUCCUGGAACAAGUCGAUCCAAGACUGUGGGCUACUCUUGUUCAACUAUUUCCCGACUCCUUACCAUCGCCAUUCACAACAUAUCCUCUCCCAAUCUCCGAUGUUCAUCUUCCCCUCAUUCAAUCGAUACCAGUCACGCCUUCCUGCGCAAUAGUAACUAUUCUUGAACUCCCUGGAUGCGAGAGAUUCACAGAUGACACAAUAACAAAGCUCAGAUCUUUUCAUAGUCUUGUCGCGCUCGACGCAAGUGACACCCACCUCACCAACCUUGGGGUCAGUCGUUUAGCGUCAGCAUGCAUCUGGUGUACACAAGAACUUGACAAGCCUGAACGUCGAGGUCCUUGGGGUCUACGUAUUCUUCGCCUUCGCAACUGUCGUGGCGUUGAUAACGUGUCCAUUCAAAUUCUUACCAAGUUCAUCCUACUUUCAGUCCUUGACCUCCGUGGGACGGCAGUUGUUCCAUCUGGUUUUGCUGAAGUAUGGCGUGCCGUUGAGCCCCCUUCCUCCAAAUUAUAUCAUCCCACUUCGUUAACGAAAAGUCUUUCCGCAUUGGAAAGUAUCGCCUCCUUAUACACAACCUCAAAUACAUAUCGGGUCCUUGUUGACCGGUGGUCACAUCAAGAGACUCACAGAUCUUUUCCCUCCUGUCGGCAUGAACGUCCUUCCCCCCAGGUCCUCCCCGAAAAUACCGCUGUUACAUUUCCCUCCCCAUACAAGCCAUUGACCUCUAGUCCCGAUCAAAAAAGGUCGUUGUAUGAACUUGAAAUGAUGUCAAGGGUGGCUGCUUCUGAGUUAAAGGUGGAAUCACAGAAACGGAUGCUAGAUGAAUUCUACGCUCCGCUUCCAUCAAGGAAACCGGUUGACUUACCAGAUGAUAGCUAUUCCGCUCAACACUAUUAUAGGUCAUUCAGAGAGAAACUCGCUUGGCCCACAUCCGCGGAUUCGACGCCAAAGUUCGAUAAGCUCAUGCUAUAUUGCUAUCCACCAUCCUGGGAUUCGUUAAAUUCUGUGGCGAUCCCGUGGACUGUUAAGAAGGAAAAGCCAAUGGAUGAGAUGAAGGCCGCACUCGAUGAAAGACAUUUGAAAACCAUGGCGGGCCAGCAACAGGUGUUAAUGGCGAAGCGGAGGCGCGUUAGUUCCAAUUCCCGACCAGUUUUCGGAGGCGGCAAUGUGUCCGCUCAACAUCUUUCCGCUGACACUGGUCGUGGGAGGAAAUUGAGCGGUCGUAACCCAUUCCGUAAAGCAGUCGGAGCCAAUUCACCAGUUGGACGUCAACACUGUCGCUUCGCCUUGGCCACACCCUGCAUUCCCAAGGUGACGAACGAUGACGAUGUUUCACAGCGAGGCACUCCUCAGGUUCAAAGAAAUCCUUUGAAUCAUGGUUCUAAACCUCUCAGGCCGAUAUCCUCCUUUCCUGUCCCCCCACUUCCUCCAGAGGAGAAAAGAAAGCUCAAAGAGGAGGCGAAAGAGAGAACAUUAAUCAAGCGGGAUAACGGACAAACCCGGGAUAUCCGACAAAUGCUGAAGCGCGUAGGUUCUGCUGAAACUGUGAACCCGAAACCUGCUCCCUCAUUCACCAAGCGGCACUCAUUGAACACGAAGACUUUAGCUGAGGGAUUCGAUUGGAAGACAUGGGCCGACAGCUGAUUCCUUCGUUAUCACCUAGUUUAGAGUUUAAUGUCUACUUGUACAGAUCUUGCGUAUGUUAAAACCUGACGCGGUUUAGUACUUAAAGUUCGUUAAAUUCAGCUUCUCGCACGUCCCAC